CUGGCGUCCAGGGAGCUGCUUGAAGUGCGUAUCCAGGACGGAGCGGGCUGGCUGGCCGACUGAGCAGGGGGAAGGAUUAUCAGAGUUGGCAGCGGGCGUUGCCUGCAGUCUUGGUAAUCUGGCAAGAUGUUUAAUAAGUCGCAGUUUGGCACUCCCACCUUCGGCAACACCAGUGGAUUCACUACUUCAGCGUUCGGGCAGAAUACUGCAACUCCAGGGUUUGGUGGAUUUGGUGCGGCCACAGCUGGAUUUGGUACAGCCACCAAUACUGGUGGUGGACUCUUUGGUAACACUCAAAACAAGCCAGGAGGUCUGUUCGGCUCCAGUAGUUUUGGACAACCAGCAACUUCAUCCACCAACGCUGGCUUUGGUUUUGGCACGUCGACGUCCAACAGCCUGUUUGGGGGCACGAGCACCGGGGGCCUGUUCUCCAAUCAGCAGAGCAAUGCCUUCACUCAGAGCAAACCUGCUGGAGGCUUUGGAAGUUUUGGAGCCAGCACGACGGGCGGUGGCCUGUUUGGGACCACCAGCACCGCCUCUAAUCCUUUCGGUGGGACCUCUGGGACCUUGUUCGGGGGAACCACCUUUAGCACUGCUGCUCCUACUGGAACCACGGUUAAAUUCAAUCCUCCAACAGGCACAGAUACAAUGGUGAAGUCUGGAGUCAGCACCAACAUUAGCACCAAGCACCAGUGUAUCACAGCCAUGAAGGAAUACGAAACCAAGUCACUGGAGGAGCUGCGUUUGGAGGAUUACACAGCUGGCCGCAAAGGGCCUCAGGCACCCCUAGGGGGCGGUGGUGGUCUGUUUGGCACUUCGACGGCUACAUCCAGUGCCGGCACUGGGCUGUUUGGAGCCACUCCAGCCAACCCAACCGGAGGCUUCAAUUUUGGACAGAAUAAAACUGGCUUCGGAGCAAACACUGGUCUCCUUUCCCAAGUGGGUGUGCUGGGGACAGUCUGUGGGUCCAGUCUUCAAAAAACAGGUACUGGUGCUUUCGGCACAGCCACCGGUGGCCUGUUUGGUCAGCCGCAGCAGCAGGCUAGCACAGGCCUCUUUGGGAGCAAACCUUUUGGACUGGCCACCACCACACAGAGCACUGGCUUUGGUUUCGGCACAACCAACACCCUGGGUCAGCCCAACACCAGCAGCAUGAGUUUAUUCGGGACUGCCCCGGUCUCGCAGUCAGGAGGGAUUUUUGGAACCAGCACCAACACCAGCACCGGGAAUGCGUUUGGCGCAGGGGGUGGUCUCUUUGGCAAUACCAAUGCUGCUUUCACCAACGUCAACAAUACCCUGUUUGCUAACAAACCUGCUGGAUUUGGAACUGCUACAACGAGUGCUUCUGCCUUCGGCACAGCUGGUGCUGGCCUGUUUGGUAACAAGCCGAACCUGACUAUUGGAGCCAACGCCAAUACGUCCAACUUUGGAUUUGGCGCAACCGCAGCAACCGGUGGUCUGUUUGGGAAUAAACCUGCAACUGGAGCACUCGGAACAACGCUAGGAGGUGGAUUUGGAUCAGCUCUGGGUGCUGGGCAGACCUCCUUGUUUGGAAGCACUCAGCCCAAGUUGGGCACCACUCUGGGAGCCGGAACAUUUGGAACAGGAGCCUUCAAUGCACCCAAUGCCGGAGUGGGAUUUGGAACACCUCAGGCCCCUGUCUGCCUGACUGACCCGAAUGCCUCAGCCACGCAACAGGCUGUUUUACAGCAGCAGCUCAAUGCUCUGGCCUACACCCCUUUCGGAGAUUCUCCACUCUUCAGAAAUCCCAUGGUUGAUCCAAAGAAGAAAGAGGAGCGAUUGAAACCCACAAAUCCAGCAGCCCAGAAGGCACUGACUACCCCCACCCACUAUAAGCUGACUCCCCGCCCUGCCACCAGAGUACGGCCAAAAGCCCUGCAGGCCACUGGCUCCUCCAAGUCCCAGCUCUUUGAUGGACUGGAUGAUGAUGAACCUACAUCUCUAUCGAAUGGCACCUUCCUGCCCAGGAAGAGCAUCAAGAAGCUGGUACUGAAGAGCAUGAAUAACUCUACUCUGUGCUCGCCUGUACUCUGCAAGGAACCAAAUGAUUUGGCCUCACCAUCAGACUAUCCAGAGAAUGGAGAGAAUGAGCAAGAAUGUCGGUUGGAGAGAGAGGAUAAUGACCAGCAGGAGGUGAAUAAAUGCUACACCAACACCAUAGUCAAACCGAUCCCACAGACACCCGAGGGUGUAAACAGCAACAGACACCAGAACUCCGCUAUGGACGAUACCAUCACUGAGAUGAACUUGAGGAACAAGCUGCGAAAUGGCAUAUUGGAAGGCAGCAGUGAAGAUCCAUGCUACAUCGAUGGGUCCCUGAGUGUGGAGAGGGAGUCUGAGAUAGAUGACAGUUUACCACCUCAUCCAGCAGGCAUAGUGCUGACUCGAGUCGGUUACUAUACCAUCCCCUCCAUGGAUGAACUGGCCCAACAACUGAACGAGAAUGGAGAAUGUAUCGUGGAGAACUUCACCAUUGGCCGCAAAGGUUACGGGUCUAUAUAUUUCCCUGGCGUUGUGAACUUAACCAACAUGAACUUGGAUGAGAUUGUGCAUGUCCGCAGGAAGGAGGUGAUUGUUUAUCUCGACGAUGAGAAAAAGCCCCCGGUGGGUGAGGGCCUGAACAGACGAGCUGAGGUAACGUUGGAUGGAGUCUGGCCAACUGACAAGACCACUCGCUGCCUGAUCAAGUCGCCUGAGCGCCUGAUGGAGAUGGGUUUUGAGGAGAGACUGGAGAGCUCAUCGCGGAAGCAGGGCGCUCGCUUCCUGGAGUACAGGUCUGAGACUGGCUCCUGGGUCUUCGAGGUAACACAUUUUUCCAAGUAUGGGCUUCAGGAUUCGGAUGAGGAGGAUAGUGAACAGACUUCAAAAGCUGAAACCAAGAAGAUGAAGACAGCAGCUCUUCCUGAUCAGCAGGCAGCCCAAAUCUGCAAGCCUGUCAAGAACCUGCAGCUGGAGAGCCCACUGAUGCAGCAGCUGGGGCGUGUGACCGAGUUUGACAGCGAUAUGGCUGACAUCACCCAGGAGCCCAUGCCGGACAGUUUACUGGAUGAGGACAUCAGUGAGGACCAGGAGCUUGUGUCCGCUUCCAGCAACAUUGCAUCCAGCUUGGGCAUCAACCCCCACUCUCUUCAGGUAAUGAAGGCCUCGCUGUUGAGUGAGGAUGAGGAUGUAGAUAAAAUGCAAAAUCAGCACUUUGCACAUUUGACAGCUGAUGACCAUUGCCAGCGGAUGUUACCACGGCAGAUCUUGCUAAAGCAAGGGGAAAGAUCAAAAGGUCUGGGUGGAGGCAUGUUUUAUUGCUCCUUUCCAAAGAAGUUCCUGCCUUUCACUGUCCACCAGGAGCAGAGACAGCAGCACUCUCCGACUGCUGUGGAGAUCCUUCGCUCACCGCCCCUUCACCCCUGGCCAGUGGCAGGCCAGCUGCCCUCCACAUUCAGUGUGCCCAGCCAGCUGCCAGAGUUGCAGCUGAAGACAGUGGGGAUUAGACAACACCAGAGGCUGGUGCCAAUGGAGCAGUCAGUUACUAACGGCAAAGGGAAGCUUCUGAUGGACAUGGCCCUGUUUGCAGGACGCUCGUUCCGGGUGGGCUGGGCACCCAACUGCACACUCUGUCACAGUGGCCAGCUACUGAGUCAUGUGACAGAAUACGACACUGACCCAUGCAGUGUGGAGUAUAACUUCUUUCCAAAGCCAGCAAAGAUCAAACAUGUUUCAGAGCUUCCUUUCAAGGUGCAUGUGGAGAAGGUGAUGUUGAAGGAAGAGCGAGCGAGACAGGAUUUGUCAUUGUACACAGAGCAGCUGGAGAUUGCUCUGCGCUACAGCCAUGUGGGCACGGAGGGCAGCUGCCCGUUUGUUGAACCCCAGCAGGGGGUGGAUGCUCUGCACGAGUAUGCAGCUUGGAUCCAGGAGGCUGAAGACAAGAGUGAAUACACAGAAGGUAUUGUGAGAGGCUGGUCGUUAGCAUGGACACUGUGUGAGGCUCUCUGGGGUAACCUGAAGGAGCUGGAAGCUGCCUUUUCCGAGCCGAGUCCAUACAUCCAGCAGCUGGAGCGCAGGAAAGCGUUCUCCCAUUGGCUCUCUCGGACUGCAGAGGAGAGGAUCGAGGAGGAGGUGGCUGUGUCUCAUCACAUGAGUCAUGUGGAUGCUGUCUUCAGCUAUCUAACUGGGAAGAGAAUCAGUGAGGCGUGCAAACUUGCACAGCAGUCAGGGGAUCACAGGCUAGCCCUGCUGCUCGCUCAGGCUGCUGGUGGCCAGCAGGUCAGAGAGCUGCUCAACCUGCAACUUGCUGACUGGAACCAGAUGAAGGCUGAUCCCUUCAUCCAGGAGGAGAGGCUGAAGAUCUUUGCUCUUCUGGCUGGGCAAGCAGUGUGGGUAUCUUCAGAGGGUUACAUUAACGUCUGCUCGCAGUUGGAUUGGAAACGCUGUCUGGCUGUCCACCUUUGGUAUAUGCUGCCUCCCAGAUCCUCCAUUGCUGAUGCUCUCAAUGUGUAUAGUGAAGCCUUUCAGGGCAGUGAGGCCGUCCAGAAGUAUGCACAGUAUCCACUGCCUCCCUACCUGGAAGGUACAAACAUUGACCUCCUAGAAGCUUCUGAGAACGAAGAGGACGAAGCCCCCCAUCAGGACAUCUGUUACCAUUUACUGAAGUUGUACAGCGACAGGCACUAUGAGCUGCACCCACUGCUCAAUCCCAGGACUGUGACAGCUGACUACUUGGAUUACAGAUUGAGCUGGCACCUAUGGAUGGUGCUGCAGGCAAUGAACUACACUCACCUAUCGGAGAAACAUCAGACCAUGGUGCACACCAGCUUCGCUGCUCAGCUCGAGGCAGUCGGCCUCUGGGAAUGGGCUAUCUUUGUACUCCUGCACAUUCCCGAUGCUCAGCAGCGAGGGAAUGCAGUGCAGGAGCAGCUAAACCGACAUUGCUCUUUGGAUGAGACACAGGAGCAGAAGGUGAAAGAGUUGUUUCUGCAGGAGAAGCUCGGUAUCCCAGCAGAGUGGAUCCACAGUGCCAAAAGCCUGAGGGCUCACAGAGACGGUGACAUCCACAAGGAGGCACUGCACCUGAUCGAAGCAGGCCAAUGGAACAAGUGUCACCAGCUGGUGGUCCGGUACCUUGCAUCAGAUGCCAUUAUUAAUGAAAACUACAGCUACCUGAAAUAUUUCCUGGAGAGGCUGGCCAUACCAGAGUGCAGCUUACAGAUCCAGGACUGGGAGACUGCCGGAGCUGUCUUCUACGACUACAUCUGCAUCAUGGAAACAGUGCGAGGAAUUGGCGAGGUGGAGAAUCCAACUUACGAGCUGGAGAAAAUUCACAACGAGGUGAUGUCCCUGUGCAGCCGGAUAGAACUGAUCGAAUGUUUCUCAGCCAAAGAUCGACUGGCUCAGUCUGACAUGGCUAAACAGAUAGCUAACAUGCUGCGCACUGUGCUUGGGCUCCAGCACAGUGCAGAGUCACCUGGGGACAGAGCCCCGAGUCUCCAGCACGUUCCCCUCCGCCUGCUCGCUCCUUACAUCCGCAAGCUGCCUAUGCCUGAAGACUAUGCCCUGGAGGAACUGCGCAGCCUGACUCAGAGCUACCUGCGGGAGCUGGUUAUUGGCCCUUAACCUCCUACCCUGUAGACAGGGUGAGGGAACCGUUCAAUGCAUUUGGCGCCAGUGCACCUGUCCCUUUGAGCUCAAGUUCCUCCGACAAAUGCUGCCGUGAGACCCGGAUUCUUCACUAGCCACUGUUAUACAGAGGAAUCGUUUCAAGACCUUUGCGAAAACCUGGAGAGGCAGUUUCCCAAACAUGGAUUGUGUCCCAUAUAACAAAGUUACAAGGGGCCACGAGACUCGCAUGUUGGUGGGAUGUUAUGGCUUUUCUUUCUAUUUUGAUACUUCUCUGUUAAGUAAUUAAGUGGACAUGCAAUGUUGAUAAAAGAUCAGCAGUGACUCCCUUUCUCUCUCUCUCCCCCGCCCCGGCCCACCCCACCCCAAUAACAGAAACACUUGUCGAUAUUGGGCACUGAUUUUGCUUAAAGCCAUCUAGUUAAAUAUGCAGCCGUUUUGAGGGAUCAAACACAAUAACCAUUGUUCUUUGUGAGUUGCAUUUUGCCCUGCUGCACAAUCUAAAAGUUAGAAUGAUAUUGGGCAUAUGUUGGAGGGUGGUCCCUCUGUGGUACGUAGCAUCUCGACCCUAGGUGAGUCUCUGGGCUGUCCAGCAGUUCAGUAACUGUACCCCUCUAGUGGUAGCUGGUCCCCAAUGGACCGGGAAACUGGUGCUUUUGAGAUUCUGUUUAGAGGCAAAGCAUCCGAGAAACUGCUUGGAUUUGCUUGUUUUGAGUUACAACUUUCAACACUCUUUCCCCCACAUUGUUUUCCUCAUCCCUCAGAAAGGCCUGAUUGCUUUGUGGUAUCCCUCAUACUCUGGUUGCUGCAACCAGUCUCUCUGCAGUGGGAUAUGAAGGUCUGUGGGCUUUAAAUUUCUGUUGGUAUGUCUCUGGGCUCUGAUUUUCUGAUCAUCGUCCCACCUUGCCCACCAUCCAGAGAGAAAUUAAUCAUCUAGUUAGUGUCGAAGCGAGUCUGUAAGGGAUCGGUGUUUAUGUUCCUCUGCGCGCUUCCCUGCAGGGGUAGAAUGCAGGUUGGAGCUCAGCUUUAUCCCAGAUCCAGUCUGAGCUGUAGGUGUUCAACCCCCUGCCCCCAUUGGUCCAUCAUAAAACCUCAGGUGGUAGGAACGUUCAUACAGAGUUGGAGGGCUUGGCCCAGCUAAAGCACACACCGUUUUCUGAGGAAGGUCUUUGGGUUUGAAUGAUCCUGUUGUUUAGUGUGUUAAAUACAUCAAACUUGAAUAAUGUUUGCGAAAUCACCUGUGAUAUCGGUGUAACAGGUCAGAACGAGAGGCUCGCUCUCUCUCGAACCCACAGCUGUCCAUAACCACAGUGAGACUGUCAAAGUAUAACCAUGGACUCUGUUUACAACUGCAACUAAUUAAAUCUUUUAUACAAGUGGAAUUGUAGGUAACUAAAGAGUCACCGAGGAGAGUCCAGUGUUUUUUUUCCUGUACCCAUUUAUCUCUCUCCUGCUACGUUCUAAUGACGUUGCAGCCCGGGGGGUCACUAUCAUAAAGCACAAUGGUGACAAUGGAGUGGGCCCCUAGUAACCCUGGGCAGGGAUGUGGAGUUGGGAAACAGCUGAGUUUCAGCACCUGAUGCUGCCUGGUGAGUUCAGUUAGGUCCCCACUGUGCCUUCCUCUUCACUGGGCAAGUUCAGCUCACGUGGGCCUGGGAUGGAGUCGUGCCGUGGGGGUAGCAGUCUGCUCAUUACAUACUAUAACCAUCAACAUUGCCCAAACAUCUCAAUAUUAAAUGAAGAAAGUGUAUUAAAUACAAAUCUAAAAGUUAGAAGGAUAUCGGGCAUAUGUUGGAGGGUGGUCCCUCUGUGGUACGUAGCAUCUCGACCCUAGGUGAGUCUCUGAGCUGUCCAGCAGUUCAGUAACUGUACCCCUCUAGUGGUAGCUGGUCCCCAAUGGGCUGGGAAACUGGUGCUUUUGAGAUUCUGUUUAGUGGCAAAGCAUCCGAGAAACAGCUUGGAUUUGCUUGUUUUGAGUUACAGCUUUCAACACACUUUCCCCCACGUUGUUUUCCCCAUCCCUUGGAAAAGCCUGGAUUGAUUUCAGCUGUGCUUUGCAGUAUUCCUGAUACUCUGGUUGCUGCAACAAUUGUUGGAACAUUCCCCUCAAACAUGUGUCGAGCGAGCCUUGAGGAACUUCGGAAGGUUUCCAGCGGGAAUGAAUUUCUCUGCUUUUCUUCCUGUUCCUAAGUCCUGAGACCUGAUUGUAAACACCAACGCAACCAGCCCCACCCAGACCAACAGUGACACUGACUUCCAGGGACGUGUGCUUUUGUGUUUACGAGGAAGAUGUCACCUGAAAACAGAAUGACUCCAUAAAUGAAUCUGAGAGAGACAGCAUGGGCUCAGUAACAGCAGCACUGCAUUAACUGGCAAAGCCAUGGGAUAAAUAGGCAAAAUCGUGGAAGUUUACUACUUGACUUUAUUUGAGAAGAUUAUCAUUGGGGGGGUUGCAAUGUUAUUUACUCCUGAUAUCCUUCAGAAACAUUCUUCCCCACCCUGCGCUGUGAACUGAGGUUUCUCCUUGUUGAGAUUUGGCCGGUGUGACACUGGCAGGGGCGGGGGGGGGGGGGGGUGGUUGCUGAUAACCCAAAGGGUUUUUCCACUACCCCUAUUACUGUCCAGCUCCCCAAGACCAACUUGGUUUGAGGAAGAGGGAAAGGGAGUGAGAGUAAGAGAUCAGGUCUCCAGUAAUCUCUAGUGUAACUGUUGGGAUAUUUUACACCACAGAUAUAACUAUACUUGAGGCAAGGGCAGCUUCAGACUAGUGAUACAGCGGCAGUGUGUAAGCAAUCGAAUGUUGUUUCCUUUGAUCUCACGUGAGGUCUGUGUGCAUGUGUGAAUGUAUAUUCUUCAGCUGGCAGAGUGCAAGAAAUCACAGUGUCCCCAGGUAGUUUCUCUCAGUACAGCGAUUUCUGGGCUCAGCCUUUUGUUAUCCUAUUCUAAAAGAGGGGUCAUCGCUCUUUCUGCAUCUGUUUUCGGUUUUGGUCUGUUGGUGGGAGUGUGUGUGUGUGUGUCAUGUGAUAUAAUUUGCAUUGAAAUUUUUUUAAUAUUAAAACAAAUUGAAAAUAAAGUAAAUUCUCAUAGAUUGAGUAUUCUUUUUAAACAUUUUCUGUAGGAGUGGGGGAAACGCAGUAUUUUUUAAUAAAUGUGCAAAUUUGAGUGAA